CUUACAUAUUUAAUUUUUUGUUUAAUUUAUGUAUAAACAUACAUAUGUGCAUAUCCGCUUUAUAUAUUAUAAAAUAUGCUUACCAUGUAUAGUUUUUAUUACACGAUUCUCAAAAACAUCGUUGCAUUCUUUGGCCGCAAAUUUGGCCCUGGGCCAAUACAGCAAACUUUUGCCAAUUAUAGAUAUAAAAGAACAUCAAAAGCUCUGUGGAAAGCAAAAGUUUCGCCGUUCAUACGCUUUUCCCACUCGUUGGUGUGCAAAAUGAAACGUGUGCAUACGCGAACGGUCGUGAAAACUCGGCUUCCUUUUAUAUACCUUUUUAUUUUAGUUAUUACUAAAAAAUUCUACACAUUCUACAAAUUUUAAAGAAAAUAGUGCAAACAAACUAAAACAUUUUUAAAUUAAUUGUGCAAUGUCAAUAAUAUUUUGCCUAAAUUUAACGCGAAACAAAAACUGUUCAUCGCAGAAAUUUUGUUGUAGUGCAAGUUUGCCUCAAUGCCACUAGAAAACAACAAAACAACAAAUUCAAAUCGAGCGCAUAAUUCAGGGAAUAAGAAGAAGAAGAGAAGUAAUCCGUUUGAAAAAGUGUGAUACGCCAAGCGAAAUUGUGUGCAAUUAGAUUGUGAAUUCCAAAUGCCUUAGUGGUGUGAGCAUUGAACAAACAUUAAGUACAACAGCUUUAUCAAUACAACAAAACAUACACAUCACCUACAACUACACACCUACAACAACUAUAACUGCUUAAAUAAAACGAGUUUAAAAUAAUUUAUUUAUCGAAAAAAAUCGAUAGCAGAAUAAAUUACUUAUCGAAAAACCGAUAACAAUAUAAAGCAUAUAUCUAAAAAUCGGUAAUAGCAUAAACUAUUUACCGAAAAAAAAUCUAAAAAAAAAUUUAUUUAUCAAAAAAAUUGAUACCAAAGUAGAAUAUAAUCGGAAAAGUUGUCGAACAAAAAAUUUCGAUUACUUGCAAAUGUUUAACAUUUGCCACACAAGUAAGUUGAAAAACUUUGCGCCGUCAUGAGCAUUGAUGUCACAGCGUCUCAUGAUGUCGCCGAAACUUCCAACACAGACGAUCCAGCCUCCAGCUGUGAGAUCACAGAGGCCGAUACGACCAGUUUUGAAAUUGACGAAAGUGAGGACGAAGCCACCAUUACGGACCAGCUGGUCGAUGAUGUGGCCACCGCCCCGCCACUAAUCGACGCCACCACAAUCGGACCAUUGUACAACAAUGGCGAGCGCAAAAAUAGCAACAUAGGCCGCAGCAGAAGCAAAAGCCGAAGCAGCAGUCGCAGUAGCAGUAAUUGCAGUAGCAGCCACAGCAACAGCAGCACCUACAGUAUCAGUAAUAUACCGAAGGAUACCAAUGCCAAUGUGGCAAGUGAUCUCAAUAAGAAUGAAUUUAUAGCCGUUGUUACCAUUAAUACGCUUAAUCCACUAACGACCGACAGUCUUGUCGACGAACAAACAACCGUUGUUGUAGAGCAACAAUCACAUGUGCAACAACAACGCACUAAGAAUAUGCCAGCAAUUUUCGCUAGAGACGACACGGAGGAUAAUAGUGGUUCAAAGACUUCCACUGCCUCGCACACCACUUCAUCGACGCCCACAACGGCAGAUGUCGCUAAUGUUGUGAUGGAUGCUUCUGCUUUUAAUUUGCUGAAGAAAAAUGCUGCACUUGCUUUGCCAACGACACAAGCACAAUUACAAAUGAUCGUCGCUUCGGCUGUCACUGCACAACAGCAACAACAACAACAACAACAGCUUUUAAUAGAUUCAAACAAUGCAGCUUCCAUAUCCGAGGACAAUAUAUCGUUUUCCAUAGCAACAACUACAACAACAACUAUCACUGAUUUCGACACAGACAAUAUUUGCACCGCUAGUCCAGACGCUAAACUAAUGCUGACCAAACGUGCACUACUACAAAAUCAAUUAGCUAAUUUAAGUCAAAAUCGAUCGGCUUCGACGAUCGCUGAUAAUGAUCCAACAACAACAUUAGCAUAUGUAACGAGCGGCAAUGAUAUGCCGCUUCCGCCGGUGCGCACGGUGAAAACGCAAUGGCGCUGGGUGAACUGGAUCCGUUGGCUUUGCGUGCACUUUAAGAGUUCCGGCAUUGGCGAGCCUAGUGUCUACCACGCCUUGAUUGUAAUAUUUUUAGAAUUCUUCGCUUGGGGUCUUUUAACAAUGCCAGUAAUAUCGACCCUGAAUCAAACAUUUCCCGAUCAUACGUUUCUUAUGAACGGUCUGGUUAUGGGCAUUAAAGGCAUUUUAUCCUUUCUGAGUGCACCGUUAGUGGGCGCACUCUCCGACAUUUGGGGGCGUAAAUUUUUCCUACUCAUCACAGUAUUCUUCACGUGCGCACCAAUACCGCUGAUGGCCAUCAAUUCGUGGUGGUUUUUCGCAAUGAUCUCCAUUAGUGGUGCGCUGGCAGUUACAUUUUCCGUGGUGUUCGCCUAUGUGGCUGAUGUCACUACCGUUGAGGAGCGUUCGCGUGCGUACGGCUUAGUUUCAGCUACAUUCGCCGCCAGUCUGGUAAUUUCGCCCGCACUCGGCGCCUUACUAAUGGAGACCUACGGCGAUACAUUAGUGGCUGCGCUGGCCACCGCCAUUGCGGUUCUAGACGUUUUCUUCAUUUUGGUGGCCGUGCCCGAAAGCUUGCCAGAAAAAAUACGUCCUUCAUCUUGGGGUGCGCCCAUUAGUUGGGAGCAGGCUGAUCCCUUUUCCGCGCUGCGGAAGGUAGGCUCCGAUCAGACCAUACUAAUGCAAUGUGUCGCUGUACUUUUGUCAUAUCUGCCUGAGGCGGGGCAAUACUCGUGCAUAUUUGUUUAUUUGAAAUUGAAAAUGGGCUUCAAUUCAAUGGAAGUGGCCGUUUUCAUUGCUGUUGUUGGUACGCUAAGCAUAUCCGUGCAAGUGACUCUUGGUUAUCUAAUGCGGGUAUUUGGUGCAAAAAAUACUAUUAUUUUAGGUUUAGUACUAGAAAUGUUACAAUUAUUUUGGUAUGGACUUGGCAGUAAGUCUUGGAUGAUGUGGGCUGCUGGCAUUUUGGCCGCACUCGGAUCGAUAACUUAUCCAGCGAUAAGCGCUUUUGUUUCAAUCCAUUCGCACCCCGACAGACAAGGUGCCGUUCAGGGAAUGGUAACUGGCAUGCGUGGUCUCUGCAAUGGCUUGGGACCAGCUUUAUUUGGUGUAAUUUUCUAUUUAUUCAAUGUUGACUUGAAUGAUGAUAUGUUGGGAAAACCUGAUGGCCCAGUACAAAAUGACAGUAAUAAAUACACAGAAUUGAUACCAGGUCCACCAUUCGCUAUUGGCGCCCUUAUGGUAAUACUGGCGAUUUUGGUUGCACUCUACAUUCCAGACAAACACAAUGAUAUCAAUGUGAAUCGAACUUCGAGUGAAAAGAAGCGUGCCUCUGUGGAUGUGCAGUAUGAAAUCGAGUGCGGCAACAAGUCGACGAGUCCACUAGCACCGCUAAUGCGAUCCGACUCCAUGGCACAAUUGUAGCUUUUAGUAAAUUAAAACCAAAUAUAAAAAAGAACAUAUUUGUUUUCGUAUUUUUCGAAGAAUUUGUGAAAUGCAGAGCAGAGGAAAGGAUAGAAAGAAAAGAAAAGAUAUAAAAAAAAACCUUAAAUAAGUGCUGACUUUUUUUAUUUUGUAGAUGCUAAAUUUUAAGCUAAUUACAAAAUGAAUUCCUAUACUGAAGUUAUUUAUAAUUUUAACUUUAAUUUAAAAAGAGCAAAUGUAUUUUUAAUGCAUGUAUGCAUGUUCUGUUCUGUAUGUAUGUAUGUGCUGUAUAUAAAAGAAACAAACAAAGAAAAAACACAAAAACAAAUGUAGAAUAUUAAAAGAAAUAAGAGCUCUGAGCUUUGUUUAUGGUUUUAUUUUUAAAAACCAAUUUUUGAUUAAUAAAUUUGUAAAAUACGCAAAUAUCCCAACGUCCCCACAUACGAUGUUGUGCUAUAAUUAUUAGUUACAUAAUCAGCAUCAGUAUGCAUAUACGUACGCAUAAAUUGCAAUUUGUUUUAGUUAUUUUUUUCACUUUAGGUGGCUACUCCACUAAGUUCAAAUGUAUACUUUAAUAACGAGAGUUGAAAUAUUUUUGUGAAACCUUAAACAUAGCGUUGUACUGGAAUAUAAUAAAAAAGAGAACGAGUGCGAUAAGCAGAUUGCAUAUCUAAAAA